GACAAGACACAUUUCCACCAGCUGCUGGAGAAGUGUCCGCUCCAGAGGAUGUGGCACGAGCUCUAUGCCAGCAGCGACUUCGAGCGGCGAGCGAAGGAGAUCCAAGAGUUCAAUCGCAGCAACCGCUGGCGCAAGCGGGGUAUCGCGCAGCUCCCCACGAAGUUCGGAAUCAGCUUCACUGCCAAGUUCUUCAAUCAGGCCGGAGCUUUGGUAAACGUCUACACCGACGGCACGGUGCUCAUCACACACGGAGGUACUGAGAUGGGUCAAGGGCUACACACAAAGAUCUUGCAGAUCGCGGCAAAAGCGCUGAACGUCCCGAUGUCCGCUGUGACUUUCCGGGAGACGGGUACCGAUACGGUGCCAAAUUCUUCCCCCACGGCUGCGUCGGCCUCAAGCGACAUCUACGGUAUGGCCAUUCUCAAUGCCUGCGAGCAAAUCAUGGGCCGCCUGAAGCCCUACCUUGAAAAGGCCAAGGGUGACUUCAAGAGUGCCGUGAACACGGCCUACUUCGAUCGCUGCGAUCUCUCCGCCCACGGCUUCUACGCCACGCCGGGAAUAGGCUACGACUGGUCGCUGCCUGACGACCAGAGAGGCAAGCCCUUCAACUACUUCACCUACGGCGCUGCUUGUUCCGAAGUGGAGAUCGACGUGUUGACGGGUGACAUGCGCAUCUUGCGUGCGGACCUACACAUGGAUGUGGGCAACAGCCUGAACCCGGCCAUCGACAUAGGUCAGGUGGAGGGCGCCUUCACGCAGGGCUUCGGCUGGGCGACCCUCGAGGAGACUGUUUGGGGCUGCAGCGAGUUUCCCUGGCUGAAGCCGGGCGUUUGCAUGACGAGGGGCCCCGGAACAUACAAGAUUCCCUCCUUUAACGACACGCCGGUAGACAUGAGGGUGACUCUGGUCAAGGACUCUGCGAAUCCGAACGCAAUCCACUCCUCGCGGGCAGUUGGCGAACCUCCCUUCUUCCUUGGGUCCUCAGCUUUCUUUGCCGCUCGCGAAGCAAUCGCUGCGGCGAGAAAGGAUGCUGGCGCGGGAGACGACUACUUCACGGUGGACCUUCCGCUGACUCCCGAGAGGAUCAGAAUGGCCUGCGGUGAUCCCAUCGCCUCGAAGUUUUCGGAGAAGUCCAGUCGCCCAAGACCCUCGCUUUUCGUUUGA